AUGUCUACAGGAUGUACGGACCUCAACUCAACCGCCCAGUUACAUACUGACAAGAACAGGCUCAUGAGCGACUAUGAAGUCACACUUGUUAACGACAAUACUACCAGUGUAUGCCCCUCCUCACCCCUGGUAACUUCCAGCGAUUCCCUGACCGAUACUCUCAGGCAAGAGUUCUAUGUUAGGUUUAAGGGACCGGCUGAAACUCCAUUCGAAGGCGGAACAUGGAAGGUCCAUGUUGAGCUGCCCGACACGUACCCUUACAAGUCUCCAAGCAUUGGAUUUGUCAAUCGCAUCUUCCAUCCUAACAUCGACGAGUUGUCUGGCUCAGUGUGCUUGGAUGUCAUUAACCAAACUUGGUCGCCCAUGUUUGAUAUGAUCAACAUUUUCGAGGUCUUCCUCCCCCAACUUCUGCGAUACCCCAACCCGACCGACCCUCUCAACGGCGAAGCAGCAGCCUUGCUGAUAAGAGAACCCAAGAGCUACGAUGCUAAAGUCAAAGAAUACGUCCAGAAAUACGCCUCUAAGGAAGCCGCAGACGAAGCCGGAGCCGAGAGCGAAGAUGACGACGAGCUAUCCUCAGUUGCCAGCUUUGGCGACGACGACGACGAGCCAGCAGGCCAGAUGGAUGAUGUAUAAGUCAUCCUACUCGAAGUUUGACUUGGGCGAGCGUUUCGAUUCACAUAAUGGCGUCAUGGGAUCAAUGGGCGGGCUAGGAGCUAUCAUGGGACGGAGUUGCAGCAGACACCGCGAAGGCUUGGACUCGGAUCGCAUUUUGUUUCGUGGUAUUGGGAAUGCUGCACAUUUCCUCACUUGUAUCCCGCGGAGGAAAGCUGGACGGGAUCGUGUACUGGAUGAUAUGAUUUGGUCAAUAGUGUAGCAGCCGGGGCCGUU